AUGGCAAAGCGCAACACCAAACCCUACUUUUUCUCUCUGGAUUGGAUUUUGGCCCAUGUUGGCGGGAAUCCUCAACAAGGAUGCUUUCCGGCCCGCUGGCCAUGUCUAAAUAGGCCAGUAGCCCUAGGCUUCAAAGUAGAUCUGAUAAUUAUAGACUAUUCUAUGCCUGGAAUGAAGGACUAUGAGUUGCUGAAAAAGAUUAAGGGUUCAUCUAAUUUUAAAGAAAUACCAGUUGUGAUUAUGUCAUCAGAAAACGUUAUGCCUCGAAUUGAAAGAUGUCUUGAAGAAGGUGAUGAGGACUUCAUAGUGAAGCCCGUGAAAUUAUCCGAAAUAAGACGGCUCAAAAACUACAUGGUUCGCGAAAUCAGCUCAGAUCAAAUUCAAGAGCCCGACAAAAGAAAACCGUAUAAUUCACUUUCGCUCGGCCCAUCUUCACCGUCCAUCUCGCCAAAAUCAUGCUUAUUCAUAGCUAUACCAUUCAAGAGGAAUAUAGAAUCUCCUUCAGCUUGGAAGUCCUCCUGGUUUCUUAACACUUCUGCUCUAGGCCCCAGAGUCGAUACCAAUAUUACAAUCGAGAGGACAAGUGGGUACAUUAUAUUCGUCGUUUAUGAAGAAAAGCGGGUUGUGUACAUUAACAGCCAGCAUGAGGAUAGUCUUUCAGGGCCCUGGAUGCCAUCAUGUGGGAGCUUUGCACGCUUAACAGACUGUGGGAGGGUUGUUUAUAAUGUCGGAAAUGAUAGGCAGAGGCUGGAAAUUCCAAAAGGUUCACUGGGCAAGCUGAUAAUUGCUUUAAAUAUCUUUGGAUAUAACAUCGACAAGAAAGUAUGGGAAAAUCCUAAAUGCUGGAACCCCGAGAGAUCUCUUGAUGAGAAAUACAAAAUGAUGGAUCCGCACAAACCAAUGGCUUUUGGAGUCCGGAAAAGGCUGUGCCCUGGCGCUUUAAUGCCAAUGCUGGAUGACGACUUAACCAAAAUGGAUGUACGAAAAUUCAAGCAUGGACCUGUGUCAAUGGUAUCGUGGUGUGUGUCAUCUCCACCGAAAUAG